CAGGUUCCAUUUUGAGGCCUCUUAACCAAGCAAUGGGGGAAGGGGAGCAGAGGCCUCUCUCUCUCACACACAAGCACAUGCUUUAAGCAACUAGCUUAAAUCCUAUAUCUGAAGAGAUUUAUACAUGAUUUGUUUAUAAAAUGGCCUCUGAAGACUGUUUUAGUUACACUGUGCCCGGCUCAAACGAGAAGCACAGGAGGGCUCGUAACUGGACGGAUUCGGAGAUGAAAGCCCUUGUGUACAUUUGGGAAGAGUAUGUGACAGAGCUCAAGAAGGCUAAGCGCAAUGCAAAGAUCUACGAGACGAUGGCUAAGCAACUUUACGAAUUAACUGGAGAACAGCGACACAGAGAGGAAAUCAAGAUGAAGAUCACCAACAUGACUUUUCAAUUCAGGCAAGUGAAGCUGAAGUAUACUGCAAAUGGUGGGACACCCGAUUGGCCAUACUACAAAUCUAUUGAGCGGAUCUUGUCAAAGGUACCAGACCAUUCCCAUAUGAGCCCACCAAACCUCCCGACGUCUGGCCCCUCAACCUCCCAACUUGAUUCUUCUGUGCCCCAGUCGGCUCCACCAAGUGGGUUUCUACCCGAGUACACAGGUUCCUCGGAUGAAAAAAACAUACUCGAGGAAGAUGAUGGUCUUACAGAAAACUCUGAAAGUUCUUUUGAGACCAGGUCACAGCCACGAAAGAGACGGAGACUGACGCACACUUCUCUGCGACGAAAGAAGCUGCAAGUCCUGGAUGCAAUGCUGAAGGAACAACGCAGGAUAAGCCAUGCGGUAGAGGACGCAUGUCACGAAGUUCGCCGUGUUAUGCAUCAGCAGAACUUCCUGCAGGUGCAGAGCCUUCAGCUUCAGGAACGAAUGAUGAAUCUUUUGGAAAAGAUGAUUCCUGUUGCAUCACAGCCUGCGCACCCCUGCCCCAACCCACCAGCCUCAAAGGGUUUGGGAACACCCACACUUGAGUGAUAGAACUAAAGAUCACGGAUAAGGAUUUUUUUGUCUUUUGGAAAGGACGUGUUACUAUCCAAAUAUAAAAGCUUUCAUACAUUAAUUAGAUUAGUUUGACCCACAUUUAAAAUAUGGGUAACACUACAAUAAGGUUCUAUUUGUAAACAUUAGUUAAGGUAUUAAUUAACAUGAAAUAACAAUCUGCAAUAUUGUUUGUUUGUUAAUGUUUGGAAAUACAACUGUUGUUCAUUCACAUUAGUUCAUUGUGCAUUAACAGGAUUCACCCAAAAAUAAAAAAAAUCUGUCAUCACUUUUCAUCCUCAUGUUGUUGUUCUAAACCUGCAUGGAUUUCUUUUUCUGAUGAACACAAAAUUUAUUUUGAUAAAUUAUAGUAAGCACACGACAAGCUGAUUGUAACCAUUGACUUCCAUAGUGAAACAAAUAUGAUGGAAUUAAAGGGGUACCAUUAACUGU